AUGUCGGCCGUCACAUUCGAAACCAAGUCGUCGUCCGCGUCGAGCAGCACCUCGUCGCUCGUACGCCAAAAGCGUCAGGUGGACCCGAACGUGCUGGCAGCCAUCAAACGUGCGACGCCGCCCAAACCCAAGAUCUUGAUCCCGCUGCUGCGACUGUUGCUUUUCCAGCUCUACUUUUUGCCCACAUCGUUCAUCGCCAUCCCGCUAUACAUGCUGCGAUGCAUCGUGCCGCGCUUCCGACUCAACCGAAACUGGAGCUUCAUCUCGGCUGUGUACAUCAUGGUGGUGCGACGUGUGAUGCGCAAUCUUAUCCGCUUCGGCGUACAGCCCAUUGCUCCCCGCAAAGGCGGUCUUCGCGACCGCAACACGCUCGUCGCUACCGUUGCAUCCUGCCUCAACCUCUCGGGGCCCGGUGGAUCAGUGGUGCUUGCCAAGGAAAACAUCAAGGCACUCAAGCUCAACGCUACGCACGGCCGACCCGACAAGGUGUGGAUCCCUCCUGCCGGUCCCGAGUACCUCGACGGCAUCCUCGCUGUCAAGGCUGGUCCCAACGACCGACGCAAGAUCGUGACCGAUGUCUACACCGGUCCGCCGCUGCUCGAUGCAAAGUGGCUCAAAUGGAGCAUUCGUGCGCUCUGGUUCACCCACAAGCCCCAAAUUGUGCCAUCGCAGCCUCGCUCCAAGAACAAGCCCACCAGACCCGUCAUGUGCUACUUCCACGGUGGCGCCGGCGUCACCUUCAAUGCCGGCGAUCUGCACAUGGGCCAAAACCUCGCAAAGACUUUUGCUCGCCACGCCGGCAUCGACGUCUUCUCGGUCGACUACAACCUGGCUCCGUUCGCGCCUUCGCCGGUGCAGCUCUACCAGGCUCUGUCCGGCUACCUGUACCUCGUCGACGAGCUUGGGUACGCCCCCGAGCAGAUCUACAUUGGCGGUGACAGCCACGGCUCGUGGUUGACGCUGCAGCUCGAGCGAUACCUCCGUUCGUACAAGCAUCUCCUCUUCGAGAACGCCGAAUCGGUCAAGAUUCCAGGCUUGGUGCUGCUCUCACCAUGGAUCGCGCCUGAAGACUUGUCCUUCAGGAGCCGCGAGCGCAACGUCGGACAGGACAUCAUUGAUCUCUCCUACGAGGACUGGGGCGUGUCGGCGCAGGGGCUCAACAAGCUCCCCUUUCCGUUGUCGGACCCGUGGAACACGCACGCCAACAAGUCGCCUGCCGAGUGUGCUGCAUUGCCACCUUGCUUCAUCGCCAAUGGAGGUAGCGAGACGCUGGUCGACGAGGGACAGCACUUUGCCAACAUGUUGCGAAAGGCAAAGGGACUGCCCUCGUCCACUUCGAACCAGAGGAUCAUUCUGAGUCCCGGCGAGCUCAACUGCAAGGUGGUGCACCACGUCUACCCACACCAGGUCCACGAUUACUUUACCGUCGACACCGAGAUCUCCAAGGCUGCCAAGGUGUACAAGCAGAUUGGCACCUGGAUCAAGUUUACACAGACGCUUCUCUGA